CCUCCCCGGCCGCCCCCCGCCCACGGGCCGCCCCCCGGGCCCCGCGUCCUUUCCCCCGCUGGCGGGGCCCGGACAGAAGAUGGUGCAGAAGAAAACAGCCGAACUUCAGGGCUUCCAUCGUUCGUUCAAGGGGCAGAAUCCUUUCGAGCUGGCCUUCUCCCUGGACCAGGCCCACCACGGGGAGGCGGACUUCAGCCUGGAGUGCCCAGCCCGCCCUGAUAUGCCCUCGAGCCAGCCCAUCGACAUCCCAGACGCCAAGAAGAGGGCCAAGAAGAAGAAGCGCUGCAGGGCCACCGACAGCUUCUCAGGCAGGUUCGAAGAUGUCUACCAGCUGCAGGAGGACGUGCUCGGGGAGGGGGCCCACGCCCGCGUGCAGACCUGUAUCAACCUCAUCACCAACCAGGAGUACGCCGUCAAGAUCAUCGAGAAGCAGCCAGGCCACAUUCGGAGCAGGGUUUUCCGGGAAGUGGAGAUGUUGUACCAGUGCCAGGGACACAGGAACGUGCUAGAGCUGAUCGAGUUCUUUGAGGAGGAGGACCGCUUCUACCUGGUGUUUGAGAAGAUGCGGGGCGGCUCCAUCCUGAGCCACAUCCACAAGCGGCGGCACUUUAACGAGCUGGAGGCCAGCGUGGUCGUGCAGGACGUGGCCAGCGCCCUGGACUUCCUGCACAACAAAGGCAUCGCCCACAGGGACCUAAAGCCAGAAAACAUCCUCUGUGAGCACCCCAACCAGGUCUCCCCGGUGAAGAUCUGCGACUUCGACCUGGGCAGCGGCAUCAAACUCAACGGGGACUGCUCGCCCAUCUCCACCCCGGAGCUGCUCACCCCGUGCGGCUCGGCCGAGUACAUGGCGCCGGAGGUGGUGGAGGCCUUCAGCGAGGAGGCCAGCAUCUACGACAAGCGCUGCGACCUCUGGAGCCUGGGCGUCAUCCUCUACAUCCUGCUCAGCGGCUACCCGCCCUUCGUGGGCCGCUGCGGCAGCGACUGCGGCUGGGACCGCGGCGAGGCCUGCCCGGCCUGCCAGAACAUGCUGUUUGAGAGCAUCCAGGAGGGCAAGUAUGAGUUCCCUGACAAGGACUGGGCCCACAUCUCUUUCGCCGCCAAAGACCUCAUCUCGAAGCUCCUCGUCCGUGACGCCAAGCAGCGGCUCAGUGCCGCGCAGGUCCUGCAGCACCCCUGGGUGCGGGGGUGCGCCCCGGAGAACACCCUGCCCACGCCCAUGGUUCUGCAGAGGAACAGCUGUGCCAAAGACCUCACGUCGUUCGCGGCCGAGGCCAUCGCCAUGAACCGGCAGCUGGCCCAGCGUGAGGAGGACGCGGCUGAGGAGGCAGGGCAGGGCCAGCCCGUGGUCAUCCGAGCUACCUCACGCUGCCUGCAGCUGUCGCCGCCCUCCCAGUCCAAGCUGGCUCAGCGGCGGCAGCGAGCCAGCCUGUCCGCGGCCCCCGUGGUCCUGGUUGGGGACCAUGCGUGACCCCUCCCUCCCUCUGUACAUAGGUCCCCCCGCCCCCGUCAAAUCUAAAGAUUUUUUUAAGCUACGGCCAGCCGGUGACCAGCAGGCUGCCCUCCCCCGGCUGGAUUCCCAGGCGCUGAGCUCAGCGGGGGGGCUCUUUUAUAUGAGGUUUUUGCUGUUGGGUUUUUUCCUUAUCUCUGUCCUGCCUCCCGUUUUUUUUUUUCCCCGUUUAAUGGUGUUAAAAGCAGAGCAGGCGCCCGGGCUGGGGGGGAGUGGGGGUGUCGCUGGGUCUGCCCUCCCCCAGCCUCGGAUGCUCACCUACUGUGAAAGGCCCCCCGUGCUGCACACCC